ACGACGCUUGCCACAGACUUAAGUGCGUGUAAUAUAAUUACGACACAUUAUAUUUUUGAUGAAAAGGAAGACAGUUUUCUGGAUAUAAAAUCGUGUUUGUGUUUAGUGGUUGAGUGUUAUUUAUGAAAGUAUAAUGUAUACUUGCCAGAUAAACACAAAAUGUAUCACAAGGUGAGACGGAAAAUGGAAAAAAUUGUAUUUACUAUACUACUGUAUAGUACUUUAAUAUCAGCUCUACCAAAAGCUUUUGAUAUACCAGAGAAUGUCCACAUAAAUGAUAUUGAUAAUGACAUUAUUGACUUUGACGAUGAAUAUACAAUUAAGUAUAAUAAAAAAUACGGAGUGGUUCCAUGGAGUUCAGACAACUUCAAAGAAUCAUAUAAGUACACCAUAGUUAAGGAUCCAGAUCAUUUGCAUGAUGCAAAGGAUAAAACCACCGUGGUAACGGGAAAAGUACAUUUGAGUGUUGUGCCAUUGGAGCAAACAACAAAUCUCUUUAUAGAUGAGACUACUGUUGAACCUGAUUUAACAGUUAUACCUCUUAGAAACUCAACUGGUAGUUUUGAUACAACUACUACAGGUCAAACAGUAGAAAUAUUAGAUGACAUAAUAAAUAGUACAGAACCAACCACCAGCACUGAUGAUAGUAUUGUAACCACUGAAUUUACAGAUGCAAGUACAACAGAUUUUAAUAGUUCCAUGGAAGUCACAACAGAAAUAGACAUAGAAGUACAAAAAAGUAAUUCUAGUGAUGGAAGACAUGAUAGAAACGUCGAAAGUGAUGAGUCACAUGAAGAUGUUCCAGUUUUCACUGAAUUAGAUACUGAAGAUGGGCCUGAGGUUCCUGAAGACUAUUACGAUUCAAAAGAUAUAGUACCUACUCAAGCUCCAAAGACUGAUGCGUUAUCAGUGCUGUUUGGUUUUGCUGGAAGUGUGGUGGAGGGUGUAGUUGAAAGUGUUGCUGAGAGACUGAUGCCAAAGGGAAUAUUUGAUUUGUUCAAGCGAAUGCAGCGGCAAAGUGAAGCUUUGGAAGCAGAGCGAUUGAGGAGUAAAGAAGAAAAUGGUGGCAUUGGUCAGUUCACAAGGGGAGUGAUAAAGUCGAUAUCGAGUGGGCUGGGUGGACCGCUCAGCCAGCUGAUGGCGGGGGUGCGCGACAUGGGCUCUCUGGACAGUGAUCGUGGGUUCGUGAGCAGCGUGGCCUCGGGGGUCACCAGCGUCGCCAACUCCAUGGUGGAUAUGUUCAAGGAUCGUGUGCAAGCGAUAUAUCCAGGUACCGUGUGGUGUGGUGACGGCCACUCAGCGCAGGCACGCUCCAGUGACUUGGGCCUGUUCUUCUUCACAGACACAUGUUGUCGACAGCACGAUGCCUGCAAGCUUUACAUCGCCGCAGGGGAAACCAAGUUUGGUCUCACAAACACAGGGCUUUUUACAAGGUCUCACUGCAGCUGUGACGCCAAGUUCCGGGAGUGCCUCAGGAAGACCAAUUCGCUGGUGUCGGCACAAAUCGGGCUCACAUACUUCAACGUGCUGGGGCCUCAGUGCUUCAGAAGAACCCAUCCCAUCGUCAAGUGUGUGCGGAGGACCAGAAUCACGGGUCAAAAGUGUGAGGAGUACGAGCUGGACUUCACAAAGCCGAAGAUGUGGCAGUGGUUUGACAAUGAAACAUUUUAAUAGCUAUCGACGACAUACCUUAAAGCAGGAGUAUCUAUUUUGUAUUUGUCGCAGGUACAUUGUCAAAGCCGUGAUAUUAUAAUUUUACGAGUGUUAUUAUAAUAACCCGGUUAAUUGUCAAUCAACUUUAUUUCUUACAAUUGAAUGGCCUGGUUUUAGUGACAUUGUAAUGUCACGGGAACACCAUAGUGAUAUUGUCUGGGACUGGCAGCUGUCAACGUACUUUUUUGCCUGUUUGAUAUUCGCCAUUUUGGCGCUGUUGGCCAUGUAUUCAGAGUCUGCGGUACUAAAAUUAGUGAUGACAACCAUAGCAAACAUCGAUAGAUGGUGGUGAACUAUUUACAAAAAAAAAAUGUGUAUUUAUAAAUAUGAUUCUUGAAGUAUAAAUAACACGGAAAACGAACGAAAUUAAUUCAAAAUGCAAAAAUACUUCAGAGCAUUGUACGUUCCUUCGCAGCUAUGUGUAUUAUACGUCAAAAUUAGUUCUCUGGACGCUCGCUAGUGUCACUUCAAAUAGGCACAAAAUAUUUGCUGUCAAACAUAUAUAAUAGCCUGUCCAGUGGUAUUUAUACAGGUCAGUGUAUUAUAAGGCAAUGAUAUUUUGACAAUUUUACUAGUUGUUAGUUUAUGAGGCCGCCUCUGAUUGGUCUGUUUCUUGUAUUUAUUGUAUAGUAAUUAUUUUGUAGUUAUACAUUAGUGUAAUCAACUAAUUGCUAUCUUAGCGAAUCGGACUUUGUUCACUAGUAGGUCUAAUGUCCCAAAAACAAAUCAACACUGUUAAUCGCAACGCACGAGCCGAGCGUAGCGUGCCGCGGCAGUGGCCGGCGAGUGCCAGAACCGAAUCGGCCUUUGUUCACUACUAUUUGAACAAUAAUUUCAGAUGGAAAAUUACAAACACGUUCCUUUGCUUAUUAUUAUUAUUGUUUUGUAAAUUGCAUAUGAAAAAAAUUGACCAAUCAGAACGCUCGACGUCACACACUGCUAACUUCAUUUGUAAAAGUUGUUCUUAAAUUUAUUAUAAUAGCUGAUCUGGCAAACGUUGUUUUGCCACAUAAAUUAUUUUAAGAAAGACCGUUUCUUGGACAACAUUGCUUUAUUUUUCUGAAAUAAAUGAUUUUUCUAAAAUAAACGUAGCCAAAGUUACUUCUUAUUACAUCAGCUACCUGCCAAUAAAAGUCCCGUCAAAAUCAAUCCAGCCAUUUCGGAGAUUAGCCGGAACAACAGACAGACAGACAGACAAAAAUUUCAAAAAAUGUUAUUUUGGUGUAUGUACCGUAUAUAUAUUCAUAUACAUGUUGUAAAAAACGGUUAUUUCAGUAUUACAAACAGACACUCCAAUUUUGUUUUAUAUGUAGAGAUCACUAUAGUGUGCCCGUGACAUUACUCGUUCGACACAGUGUCAAUACUCGAAACAAACAAACUCGCAAUACCAUCUACUAAGCUCCGUAAAAUUGCUAAAUCUUUUAAAGUGGAUUGUGUUAUAUUUUAUAAUGAUAUUACAAUAUUACCUAUUAUAAAAUUUAAAUGUAUCAUAAUAAAUAAAUUAACAUCUAAGGCCUAUUAUAAUGUGAAAGAUUAUUUGAAUGAUAAAGAUAGUUGGAAUUAAUGUUCUAAAUUUUUUUAAUGAAUAUUGUUAUACUCAUUUGAAUGCUAUUGUAACUUUUGUACUUCAUCCUGACUUGCAAUAAAUAACUUAUAAAGUUUUACAGUGAAUAAAGAUUUUUUGACUUUGACAUUGACUUUGACAUUACAAUGUCACUAAACCCUGUUUAUAUUGUUAGAAAAAAAAGUUGAUUGACAUUGUAACGUUUAGUUAUAAUAUUUAUCACGCCUGUGAUUAUCGAGUAGCAUUAAAAUUUUAAAAUGCCUGACUUAAGUGACAAGUACACCUAACUGUCAGUGCGAGAGAUAACAAUUUUGAUUAGCCUAAUGUGUGAUGCGUUGUAGUGUUAAGUGUAUAGGUAUUAUUCUUAGUAUGUAAAUAUUCUUAUAUAAGUUAAACGUCUAAGUACAGCCUGCUACACAAAUAAUUAAAAUAGCCCAGGUUUAUUACUUUAGAGUGCGUGACAAGCUACCUUUUACACUCGCGAUUUGCAUGUCACUUUGUGUUAGAGUUAGAGCUCUUUAUAGAGGUAAACCUAAAUUUUUUUCGACGUUUUCACAGCUGUCACAGACUAUCUAGACCACAGACAUGGAUCCAAAUAGAUGCCGCGAGUGUAUGUACUUCGCGUGUCAAAAAGACGACAAAAAGUGGAGCAAUGCUCUUCCUUUGACGCUUUUUUUAUGAUUUAUAAUACAUUGCCGAUUUAAGUAAUAAGCAAUACAGACUAUUGAUGUACUGAAAACGUCAACUAAUGAUGAGGUGAGUGGCUAAACGUUAGGCUUAAUGCACUGGCAUUUUAAACGACGUCACAGACUGUAGGUACAAAAAAGGGCACGCUUGGUUUUCAUACAGACGGAGGGAUUUGCGUUAUCUAGUUGGAUCUAUGUCUGUAAUCUAAGUAAAUAUGUUUAUACCUUUUUGGAGCUCUAGAUUCCAGACGAAUUUCGAUAAUUCCUGUAUCAACCGAAUAGUCUUAAUUUUUUACGUGUAGUUACAACUGAUCUAGAUUUUUUUUAAUAUAUCAUAGAUUUUUUUAUAUAAAUAUGUAUGGUAUAUUAGUUAAGAUUGCAUUCUUAUAGUGAGGUUAAUAUCCCUUAGCACAAAUUAAGAGGUAUAAAAUAUUGUAGUUGUUAGGAGUUUUAGUCCACGAAUAUAAUGCUACCACUCUUAUGACAAGGUAAUGCACCGUUCCAGAGAAUAAGACAAUAUAACCUUACCUCAAAUUAUGAUAUUUUUGUGGGUUUGGAAUGGUUCCCCCUUCCUUCCCACGGCCAUGCCAGCGCUCAUGUAGCGUUUUAUUUACGAGAUUUACCAGUUUUAGGUUAGAAUUAUUUUCGUUAUUUUCCUCAAAAUGGUGCAUUACCUUCAAAUAAGAGGGUAGCAUUAUAAACGUGGACUAAAGCUCUAUCACCUAUAAUAUUUUUAACUGUUAAUUCGUGCUACGGGAUUCUAAGUCCAACCCUAUUGUGGGGUUACAAAAAACUUUCACUGUUUGAAAGGUAUAUUUUUGAUUGUUGAGCGUUACACUCCCAGAUGUUGUCUUCAAGUCUUAUCUUGUCUAUGGUCGACGCAAACAAUCAUGUUGAUUCAUCCAACGCAUACCGCCUGUUGUCCACAAGCAAGAGAAAGCGAUAAAAUUAAACGAAAAAGGAGUGUGUAGAAAUUAUAUAAAACCUCAUUUAGGAAAUACGUGUGUUUAAUUAAUCCUUAUGAAGUUAAAUAGGUGUUUUUCAUAUAGAAUUUCCAUUACAUGUGUGAGGUUUCUAUCGCAAUAUUUUCUUCACUUAUACAAUUUAUGAGUAUGAUAUGAUACAUAUAUAGAAGUAUUAUUUUUCUCGCAAAUACUUGAUAAAUGAAAACAGACCUAAGUAUAAUGUUAGAAGCAUGAGAUAAUUAUAACUGUCUUUUAAUUCUGUGUUUGAUAAUAAUCUUCAAUAGAUCAUAUACAUGUAUUUUGUGAAAUAUUAUUCGUGACACUCAAGAGUGGAUGUGUAUAUAUAAUAUAACUAGCUGACCAGACAGACGUUGUUCUGUACAUAAUAAAUAAAAUACCGUUUUUGAUGAUUUUGUCAAUAAUUUUUCAUUGUAACAUAAUAAUAUGCUCCUUGUUGUUAUAAUGAAAUUGUUUCACAGCAGAACUGUCAAACCGCGCGUCAAAAAUACUCUCACAGAAAAUAUGUCCAAACAAAACAAAUAUUGGAAAUAAAAAUAAUUAUGGGUCCCAAAUCGAAAUAAAAACCAUCCCAUCUCUUAAGUUGGACUAAACUGCACUCCAUGAAGUAAUCCCCAUUGAAAUCCGUUCAUUAGUUUAGGAGUCCAUUGAGGACAAACAUUGUGACACGAGAUUUAUAUAUAUUAAGAUGUACUUUGAAAUUCUUUCACGACCCAAUAACGUCUUAUGUUAAAUUGUUAACUGUUGGUUGAAAUGUACAAAUAUAUCGUGAAUAGAAA